GAUAACUUGAGUAAGCAAUCACACUCGACUUUUCCCCUUUCACAGUCAUACCUAUCUUGUCUCUUCCUCCACCACUUCAUCCUUAAAUCUAUCUCUCUGUGCUCAUCAAUCACACACACUCAUACACUGUACACUCUCAUACACCACGUAACAACAGAUCCAGCAGAAGCCGAAUAAUGGCGGAUUGGGGACCGGUGUUCGUGGCGGUUGUUUUAUUCAUAUUGCUAACGCCGGGAUUGCUAGUUCAGAUUCCGGGGCGUAACAGAGUGGUGGAGUUUGGUAAUUUUCAGACGAGUGGUGUUUCGAUUUUGGUUCAUUCGGUGAUCUAUUUUGCUCUUAUUUGUAUCUUCUUGUUAGCCGUUGGGGUCCAUAUGUACCUUGGUUAACAUGUUUCUUUCUUAUGCCCUAAUUUUUAUUGGUUAUAUAUUUUGGAUCGGAUUUGAUAAUGUUACGAUUGAUUACAUGUUUUAUGAAUGUUGCUGAUUUCGUGUUAUAGCUU